AUGAAGCACAAGAAGGAUCAGUCCUGCAUCCUAUGGACUGGGAUAUCUAACGAAACACCAAUCGUUCGAUUUAAAGCAGAAGCUAUUACUGGAGAGCCAUCUCUGCGCUCGGUGGGGGAACAAUACCACCUUUCCUUUAAAAUGGGUGGUGCAGGAAGUAACGUGGUUCGCAAUAUACUCUAUGCCCAUGGGUUCCAGGAAGUUCAAUCCUCCAGUACAGAUUUCAACGUGGCAUGGACAGGUUUCCUUCAAAGUCAAGAGAUCUUGUCGAACAUUUCAAGGUUUCAGCGAAUAAACCACUUCCCUAAAUCUGCAGCGCUGGCCCGAAAAGAUUUACUGUACCAAAAUAUUAUAAAUCUGCAGCAGAAACACAAGGAGCAGAGUUUUGACUUCCUUCCGAAAAGCUAUGUGCUUCCCAACCAAUACAAGGACUUCUGCAGAGCAAGUUUGAAAGAUCAAGGUCCUUGGAUAAUGAAACCAGUGUCUUCCACUAAAGGCCAUGGAAUAAAGCUCAUUAACUCACCAUAUCAGAUAAAUAGAAAAUCGAAUGUUCUGGUCUCAAGAUAUAUCAGCAACCCCCUACUCAUUGAUGGGUUUAAGGUUGACCUUCGCCUCUAUGUGCUGGUCACUUGUUACAAUCCCUUAAUCAUAUAUCUAUACGAUGAAGGAAUCACCAGGUUUGCAACUGCAAAAUAUGAACUGUCAGAUAACACCCUGGGCAACAGGUUCAUGCACUUGACAAAUUACAGCAUAAACAAAGAGAGCCCGACUUUUGUGAGGUGCCAAAUUCCGGAUGUGGACGACUUUGGUAGCCAGUGGAGCAUGAGUGCUCUGUUCCGUUAUUUAAAGAACAAAGGUAAAGACACAGUGACACUCAUGUCUAAAAUAGAGGACCUUGUCAUCAAGACAAUAAUAUCAGCCGAAGACUCGAUUGCCUCUGCAUGUAAAUUGAACUUUAUUCAUAAAAGGGCCUGCUUUGGGGUCUAUGGGUUUGACGUCCUCAUUGACGAGCACCUCAAUCCCUGGCUGCUGGAGGUUAAUGUAUCUCCCUCUCUCGCUUGUGAGGAUCCCCUCAACUUAAAAAUCAAGGCCAAUUUAAUAUCUGACACGCUUACCUUAGUUGGAAUAGAAUGUAAGGAUCCCCAGCAGAUGAAGAAAGCAGGAAGCACAACAUCUCAGAAUAUUGCAAGUAAGACCAGAACCAACCUGCUCGAAGAGGAGGUGGAGAUCUUUCAGUGGGUCAAGGAGGAAGAUGCAGAAAGGAGAGGAGGAUUUACACGAAUCUUCCCCAGGCGUAACACUUGGAAAAAAUAUGGACAUUUACUGAAAUUUAAAGUCACAAAUAAAGCCAUGGCAUUUCAUCUUUAUGCACAGAAGCCAGCAGUGCAUGCAAACAGCAGAUGUGGACUCCAACCGAGCAGAGAGUCGUAUGAGCAGAAGCAAACUUCCUUGAAACAAUGCCAGGACCAGAUAUGCAUGUUUGCGGAUAACUUAAGGACAAGCCACCAGGGUGCUGGACAAGCUCUCCCUGAAGUGGGGAGCAGAAAACCGGAAAGUAUUGCUGCAAAAUGUCACCACAUCGGAAGGGAAGCUGUCCAGAGUGCUGUAAAAGCUCUCCCUGAAGUGGCGAGCAGGAAACCUAAAAGUAUUGCUGAAAGAUUUCACGUCAGACAAAGGGAAGCUGGCAAGAGUGUUGGAACAUCUCUCCCUGAAGUGGGGCGCAGGAAACCUGAAUGUGUGGCUGCCAAAUGUCACUUCAGUGGAAGGCAAGCUGACAAGAGUACUGGGAAAACUGUCUUGGAGGUGGUGUGUAGAAACCCUAAAGUAGGAAGCAUGAAACCUGAAUAUUUUGCUGAAAAUGGUCACCACAAAACAAUGGAAGCCGGCCGGCGCCUAAAGAGCAGCACAAAAGUUGGCUCGAGGACGAAUGUUUUGGAGCCAAGCCUUGUCUCAGUUGUGAAAGACCUAGCAAAGAUGGAGAAUGUUGGGAAAGAACCUCAGGGGCAACAGAACAUGCUGCUAAUAAGAAGACGUUCCAGAGAGGUUGACAAUAAACUGGCAGGCCUCUCAUCGAAUCCCACACACACCUUCACAGAACUUAAAUGUAUAUAG